UUAUUAAAUAUCAAUAAUGUUGGAGGAUUUCUGGCGCGCGCUGCGAGCUUACUGUUUGCAGAGCACUGUAGUAGGGCUCAAGUACUUCUACUUAUAUCCGGAUAUAAUAUCAAGAUGCUUUUGGUUGGGCAAUUUACUAGUAGCUUUAGUGAUGUCGUACACUCUUGCUACCCUGCUAUACAAGCGCUUCGAGGAGAUGCCGACGAGAGUCACGAUUGAGAGCCAGUUUGAACCUGUCGUCAACCUGCCUUACCCCGCCAUCACCAUUUGUACUCCUAAUCAGAUGACGCUCACGUCUUUGAAGGAUCUCAAAAGGAGUCUUGUAGAUGGCAACUUAACAAUUGACCUGGAGGCCACUAUGCCUCUCCUGUUAGGAUUCCAUGAAAUUGUGAAUAAUCCGGACCUUACGGUACUAAGACAUUUAGAGGAGCUUUUUGAAGCCAACCGGUAUACUAUUCCAGAAGUGAUGGGAACGUUGCCGCAGAGUUGUGACAGAUUCCUAAAGCGAUGUUUUCUGGAAGGAGUGCUGUAUGCCAACUGUGCGGAUCUCUUCCAACCGAUCCUGACUGGUCACGGCUACUGCUGCGCUUUCAAUAGCUUGUACAUGUUUAACGGGAAGAGAAACAUAGCGAAGCAUAACUUUGAGAAUCGUACGGUGAAGCACGCGGGCGUGACGCAUGCUUUGGUGGCGGUGACAGACUAUGAGGUUGACGACGCCGUGCCUGGCACUCUGCUCAAUGCUGGAGCCAUUAGGGUAAUGUACACGGAUUGGACGGAGUUCCCGUCAGAUGAUGAGACGGCCAUCGUGGACACGAGAGGGGAGUCGUACCACUUUCUGAGCGCCACAUACACCUACUGUUCUGAUGAAGUACAGUCGCUACCAGUCUGGAGUCGCAAAUGCUACUUCGAAGACGAGCGCUUCCUGCCCUUCUUCAGAAACUACCACAACUCUAACUGUGACCACAUGUGCUACGUGGUGGCCGUCAAGCGGGCCUGCGGGUGCUUCCCCGAGUUCCUGCCCAAUGUGAGGGCUGACGAUGUCUGCAAGAUCACCAAGAUACCCUGCAUUAUUCAAGUUAAGCAGGACAUGCAAAGCUGGCUAUUUGACGACUAUUGCGAGUGUCCCCGAGACUGCGUGUCGCGCAAAUACCGCGCUGAGAUAACCGUGGGCAACUUCAAAGCAUUGAAAGAAGUUCUCAGGAAUCCUUAUGUGGGGUUGAAUUUCAAUGACAGCACGAGUUCCAUGUCUUUCUUCUUCACAAACCCGGUGUACGUCAAGCAGAAACAAGAGACAGUCAUGUCCAUCAUCAGUUUAGUAUCUAACUUAGGUGGCGUGUUUGGCCUUCUUAUGGGCUGCAGCUGCAUCAGUAUGUUGGAGAUAUUGUUCUUCGUCUACAUCAGGUUCAAGACCUGUAUCAAGGCCAGAGUACACAGGUGGAUGCAUGACACUGUCAGUCCUAAUGGAUAGGUAACUUUAUUGUAUUUUUAGCCCUUUGGCUUUUGAUCUCAGGUUUUUAGGGCUCGUCAAAUAAAAAGCAAGAUUCAAGUGUAUGUAAACAAAUUUAUAUUUUCAGAUUUACAUAUAUAUUUUACUACAUCUGCUUCAUUUAUUCCAAUAAAUUUUAUCAAAUAUAUUGCUUUGCUAAUUUUCAUGAAAAAAUACAAAAGUAUUCUACAAUUGCGAUAAGAAAAUCUUCUAGAAAAAAUUACAUCUCUUAUUAAUCCUAGAUGUUCAUAUUAUGCGUAAUAAUAUUUCGAUUGAGUAAUAACUUCAUAGCAAAAAUUGUCGCUUAUAAACCAUAGGCAAUUCUGCACUAUUGCACUAGAUACAAUUCAUGCUGGUUCAUAGAAUAAGUCGUAGAUUACUAAAUAAAUACUCUCCGCUCUCGGCGCGUAGACAAUAAUACUUUAACGGGAAUAACUAAACCUAAAGUAACGACAUAAACUCAAUAUUUGGCUUAGAUUUUAAUUACAACUACGAUAAAGCACAUGAAGUAAUAAUUUGGUCUAAGUUAUGCAUACAAAUAUAUAAUUAAAUCGUUAAGUGCCCUUACACUAAUUAUUGCCUUAAACUAAUUUAUUUUUAUUCCAGUGGUAUCUACCGAUUAGAUAAACCUAGGAAACUCAUGCCACGGAUCCGUAGUAUCAUAGCAUUAUGUAUUACAAUAUUAUAAUAAUUGACUUAAAUA